CGGGUUAGACACCCGGUCUUGCGCGCGGCUGCAGCUGGCGCGCGAUGGUCCCGACCGCCACCAGGACUGCAGGGAGCCGCCGCUAGAGAGGGGCUCGGCGCCCGGCGGGGACUGCAGGCAAUGACUCAGGAUGCAGCCUGGGGCCACGACAUGCACGGAGGACCGCAUCCAGCACGCCCUGGAGCGCUGCCUGCACGGACUCAGCCUCAGCCGCCACUCCGCCUCCUGGUCAGCCGGGCUGUGUCUGAACUGCUGGAGCCUGCAGGAGCUGGUCAGCAGGGACCCGGGCCACUUCCUCAUCCUCCUUGAGCAGAUCCUGCAGAAAACCCGAGAGGUCCAAGAGAAGGGCACCUAUGACCUGCUCGCCCCCCUGGCCUUGCUAUUCUACUCUACUGUCCUCUGUACACCACAUUUCCCACCAGACUCAGACCUCCUUCUGAAGGCAGCCAGAACCUACCACCGCUUCCUGACCUGGCCCGUUCCUUACUGCAGCAUCUGCCAGGAGCUGCUCACCUUCAUCGAUGCUGAACUCAAGGCCCCAGGAAUCUCCUACCAGCGACUGGUGAGGGCCGAGCAGGGCCUGCCCAUCAGGAGUCACCGCAGCUCCACCGUCACCGUGCUGCUGCUGAACCCAGUGGAGGUGCAGGCCGAGUUCCUCGCCGUGGCGGACAAGCUGAGCGCGCCCGGGCACUCGCCACACAGCACCUACACCACCCUGCUCCUGCACGCCUUCCAGGCCACCUUUGGGGCCCACUGUGACUUCCCAGGCCUGCACUGCAGGCUGCAGGCCAAGACCCUGGCAGAGCUUGAGGACAUCUUCACAGAGACUGCAGAGGCACAGGAGCUGGCCUCUGGCAUCAGGGAUGCCGCAGAGGCCCGGCAGUGGCUCAGGACCAAGCUGCAGGCGGUGGGAGAAAAGGCCGGCUUCCCUGGCGUGUUAGACACUGCAAAACCCGGAAAGCUCCAUACCAUCCCCAUCCCCGUUGCCAGGUGCUACACCUACAGCUGGAACCAGGACAGCUUUGACAUCCUGCAGGAAAUCCUGCUCAAGGAACAGGAGCUGCUCCAGCCAGGGAUCCUGGGGGACGACGAAGAGGAAGAAGAGGAGGAGGAGGAGGAGGAGGAGGACUUGGAAACUGACGGACAUUGUGCCGAGAGGGACUCUCUGCUUUCCACGAGCUCCUUGGUGUCCCGCGACUCCACCCUGUCCCUUGCCUCCUCCCAGGCCUCAGGGCCAGCCCUUUCCCGCCACCUGCUGAGCUCCUUCGUGUCGGGCCUCUCGGAUGGCAUGGACAGUGGCUACGUGGAGGACAGUGAGGAGAGCUCCCCCGAGUGGCCCGGGAGGCCUGGCAGCCAGGAGCGCCAGGGCCACCGCAGGCCUGGGCAGAAGUUCAACAGGAUCUAUAAGCUCUUCAAGAGCACUAGCCAGCUGGUGCUGCGCAGGGACUCUCGGAGCCUGGAGGGCGGCUCGGACCUGCCCCUGCGGCGGGCAGGCAGCCUCUGCAGCCCCCUGGACAGCCUGGAACCUCCCCCGACGCGGGCCCAGCGCUCCCUCUCCCUGCCCCAGGCCAAGCUCGGCACCCAGCUGUCCAGCUGGCUCCUGGCCCCUGCUUCUCGCCACCAGCGCCGCCGCCCCUUCCUGAGUGGGGACGAGGACCCCAAGGCUUCCACACUACGCGUUGUGGUCUUCGGCUCCGAUCGGAUCUCAGGGAAGGUGGCUCGGGCGUACAGCAAACUUCGGCGACUGGAGAACAACCGCCCGCUCCUCACGCGGUUCUUCAAGCUUCAGUUCUUCUACGUGCCCGUGAAGCGAAGCCAGGGGGCCAGCUCUGGCGCCUGUGCAGCUCCUCUGAAACAGACACCCCCACCCCACACAGACUCCCCGAGGCACCCCAGCCCCGCAGAGCUGGGCACGGCCCCGUGGGAAGAGAGCACCAAUGACAUCUCCCACUACCUCGGCAUGCUCGACCCCUGGUACGAGCGCAAUGUGCUGGGCCUCAUGCACCUGCCCCCUGAAGUCCUGUGCCAGCAGUCCAUGAAGGCCGAAGCCCAGCCCCUGGAGGGCUCCCCCGCACAGCUGCCCAUCCUGGCCGACAUGCUGCUGUACUACUGCCGCUUUGCCGCCAGGCCGGUGCUGCUGCAGGUCUAUCAGACCGAGGUAAGGCCCGCCCUGCCCCACGUCUCCACGUAUGUGUGGGCACUGAAGUGGGAGGGAGUAAAGGGUCUACCAUCUGUGUGUGGCGCAGGUCCCGGCGGCAGCAAGCGGCUGGGCAUCGAUGGUGACCGGGAGGCCGUCCCUCUAACACUACAGAUAAUUUACAGCAAGGGAGCCAUCAGUGGGCGAAGUCGCUGGAGCACCCUGGAGAAGGUCUGUACCUCCGUCAACCUGAGCAAGGCCUGCCGGAAGCAGGAGGAGCUGGACUCUAACAUGGAAGCCCUGACGCUAAACCUGACGGAAGUGGUGAAAAGACAGAACUCCAAAUCCAAGAAGGGCUUCAACCAGAUCAGCACGUCGCAGAUCAAGGUGGACAAGGUGCAGAUUAUCGGCUCCAACAGCUGUCCCUUUGCUGUGUGUCUGGACCAGGACGAGAGAAAGAUCCUGCAGAGUGUGGUCAGGUGUGAGAUCUCGCCCUGCUACAAGCCGGAGAAGAGCGGCCUCUCCCCGCCACCCCAGAGGCCCCCCAACCCGCCGGCCCAGGCCGCACCUGACCUCUGCUCCCUGCUGUGCCUGCCCAUCAUGACUUUCAGUGGAGCCCUGCCCUAGUGCGGGCCUGGCGCCGCACCGCACAGGACGCCCAGGCGGCCUCCUCUGAGCCCCGGACUGGACGCGCCCUCUCUGUGGAGAAUGGAGUCACCCUGUGCUGGGUCAGGGUCCCGCUGCCACGGGCAGGGGCCAGGGGCAAGAUGGUUUCUGGGGCCUCGGGGCUCUGGGAGAGAAACAGGCAUCAGGGUGGCCUUCGAGUGGGGCCUUGACCCGGUAGCCUCUCACAUUCCUCACAGGAGAAGGAGAGGGAUGGGUGAAAAGCCCUGACCACUGAAAGCCCUGACCACUCUCACGGCCUAGAUCCUUCUUAUAAGGAAGAUCUGAGGCCCCGGUGCUCUGGGGUAUGGUUUAAGCCUCUCCCAACCAGUGGCUAGGCCUGCCCCUCACUUUGCCAAAGACGUGGGGAGCCUUUGUGUCAGGAGUUCAGUCCCCUCCACGCUGGGGCUCGGGUGGUAGAAACGUGCACGAGACUUUUCUUUCCCUCAGCACCACCCCUGCCCCAGACACACACGCGUGACACACACACACGACACACACGCACGACACACACGCCCACCCGCGGCUUCUCUCUCUCAGGUUCCCUGGGCUUCUGAACAGCAGCACUAACAAUUGACCUGUUUGUUGUCAAGACCUGGUACAGACUGUCUCUUGAGCCCCUUUCUGUAUCUGAGAUCCUCGGGAGGCAGAACAGGCUUCAGUUCAGUAGCAGCUCCGUUCCCUUCCAGCUAAAUAACCAGAGGAAGCAAAUUAAAUUUGAGCUUCCGUUUCCUCAGCAUGAAAACGGCGGGGCAGGUGGGAGUAAGACCUCCGAAAAGGGUUGAGAAGAAAUUGUCUGCAAAGACCCAGCCCCACGCCGAGAUGAGUGCCUCACCCUCUCAGCCCUGAUUCCUCCUCUUUGGGGGGCACCGGGAUAUUCUCACAGCCUCUGGAAUGCUCCUCACUCCCGCCUUCCCAACUCACGGCUGAGGCAGAACCCAGAUUGAGAAAGACACCUUUGUCAGGGUAAGAUGGGGCUGCUCAGGAGCCCCACUCCCCUCCCCCUUCUCUGCCAGGUUGGCCCCGGGACCCCCCACUCCCGUCCCACUCUUUGGGCUGGUGCACGUUGUGCGAAGAAUCUUCCAGACCCACGAGUGCACUGGCAGCGUUCCAUUACCUGGGCGAGGUCCCAGAGCUGAGGAUGACUGGCCCCUGGGAGCUUAGUGCCCGCUGGUGGGAAGGUGGGACUGAUGCGUGCGAAAUGAGGGAACACGAGAGCCUGGAAUUUCAAACGGCCAGGCUGGGGUGCUCGGCAAAGUUGGAACCAAAUGUGGACUGGGGUGAUAGGCUGCAGGCAGGACUAGGAUUUGGGCUGGUAGAGAUGGAGAAAGUGACCAGGAACACCAAACUGUAUCCCGCGCAGAGCCCCUCUUCUUCUCCUGAUUCAUCCUGCUCCGAAGGUGCUGGGCUUAUCAGAGCCCGUGAAGUCCCAGCCUGGAGUUCUCAUACUCGAGAGAAGUGGGCAGGGCCAGCCCCGCCCCGUCUCGCCAUUCCUCCCGUCCUUGCUGUUUGCACUUGCUCCAGGCUCCAGAGAGUAGGGGGGCCAUGUACCUUCAGUAUCUUUUUGCUGUGUGAGCAGGUUGUCCAACUCUGUGAUCAACAGAUGUCUAGGAAUUAAUGAAUGGAAUUUAAUAUUAUUGUCAAAUAAAACUUGAUUCGUCUUGUA